AUGCUCAGACGCCGGGUGAAGGCCUUCGGGUUCGACGACCGGUUGGGGCACCACCCGAGUAGGGUGAAGAUCCGCACCAAGCCAGACCAAGAGCCGAUAGCGGUGCCGAUGUACGGAGCCUCCCCGGAGAAGAGGAAAGUCAUCGAAGAACAGAUCGGAAAGUGGUUUCAACAAGGAGUCAUCGAGCCCUCGCAGAGCCCUUGGAGCGUGCCCGUAGUGAUAGCAUAUCGAAACGGGAAAGCGAGGUUU